GUAUCUGUGUGGUUUCUCAAACGAGAAACUGUGAGACACACGACAGAAACAGGGCAAGACGAGACUCGACGGCGGGGUGUUACUCUUUAUUUCCUGGCCUCUCAUUGGCUCAGAGAGUGAGUUUCGGUGUCCUCAACACCUUCAGUUCCCUUCAUACCUGAGACGCUGCUGGACGCUCACAAAGAUGGCAGGAACGCUGGGAAUAUUUGGGAUAUGUCUGCUCUUCGCUUGGGUUCACAUGAGCUCGGGCACGACCGUAAACAUCCCAGAUAAAGUAUAUAAGAUUGCGAGGGGCGAUAAAGCGGUGAUUCCCUGCGUUUUCACACCGAGUAAAAGCAUCACAUCAGUAACAUGGACGGCAGAUCCAGACGUCAAGGAUGAUCCAGAGAUUAACGUCGCUGGUUACUUCACUCCCACAAAUAAAGUGACGGUAUACCAGAAAUAUAAAGGCCGGGCAAAUGUAGUGGUGGAUAUGGUGAAAGGAACAGCCAACCUGGAGCUCCUGAGCACCACCAAUGCAGACACACGGGACUAUGAGUGCAAAGUUCAGGAUCCGGAGGAUGAGCUGGGCCUUCUGUCUGACAAGGCCAGUCUCGUGGUCCUGGUGGCUCCAUCACCACCCAUCUGCAAUAUUGUUGGGAAGACAGAAUACUUCGAGAACAUUCAACUGACCUGCCGCUCCGAGGAGGGAACGCCGACACCGAGCUACAAAUGGGAAAGCUACAACGUCAAUAACGUCCUUCGACCGCUGCCGCUCAAGGCCACUGAUCAAAACGGGGCUUUGUCACUUGUCAAUAUUUCCAUGGACACGUCUGGCUACUACAUCUGCACGUCCACCAACGAAAUCAAAUCUGCGAAGUGUAAUGUGACCCUGCGCGUCAAUCCACCGUCCAUGAACAUGGCCUCCACGGCGGGGAUCAUCGGGGGCGUUGUGGGCAUGGCUGUAUUAGUGGGAAUCAUCAUCUGCUGCUGCUGCUACUGCCGUCGCAGGAGGGAAAAGGCUGAGGAAUACCCAAUGGAGACUCCUGAAGAUGAAGAAUUCACAGACAAAGACCCUGAAGGGAGAGAGGACGACCGUGACAUACACGUGAACUCUGAGGAAGAGCGUCGGCUGAAAAGCGCAGACAGACGCGAUCCACCUGACGACCGCAGCGAGAGGAGCUACGAUCGCCGCAGCGACUACAACGACCGAAGAGAUCACUACACCGACAGACGAGACGAUCGUAGUGACCGGACCGAGAGGAACGACAGAGACGACCGCCACGACCGAGAUCGUUACGAUGAUCGCAGAGACCGCAACGAUGACCGUCGCGACCACUACGACGAUCGCAGAGACCGUUAUGAUGAUCGCAGAGACCGCUAUGAUGACCGCUACGACAGCGACCGCUACUCCGACCGCUACGACAGUCGCGACAGACCGCCAAGCGUUCCACCGAAUAAACCCAAAGAACCGAGGAACUGAGUUCAGCAGACAUGGAUAUGCGAUUUGACAGAAUAAGGGCAUGUUCACACUUGGCGUCUUUUUUGAAAAAGAAAAAGUUGAAGAGCACUUUUUAGUAAAAUAAAAAGCUGGUAGUGUUUUGGUUACGAAUAGCAGCCGAGGGUUGUCUUUUGCUGCUAUAACAACAGUAGCCUAGUGCUGUGUGCUGCAGAAAUGUCCAGAAAAAAGUUGGCUCUUGUGUUGUCUUUUUAAGUUAACAGGGAGGAGAAUGUUGGUUCACAACGAUGUUUGUGGGUGCGCAACAUUAUACAGGGAAGGAAACAGUAUGGUGCUUACUACAAUUUAAUCCAGGAGCUCCGGUUGGAUGAUACACGGUCUGCAGAAUAUUUUACACUUGAUAAAGUUUUGUACUCAUAUCCAGUGCUUGAAGCGGAAAAAAAGAAGUGCUGGUACUCACUGUUUAAAUUCGUUUACUGGAUCCUUGAAAUUUCCAGGAGUUUACCGGUUUAAAAUGAUGUGAUCGCAAAAGCCUGCUUCUUUUCAUUUUAAAGUAUUAUUUUUGAUAUAAAGUACUGAUUCAAAUUAGUAAUAAGUAAUUAAUUAUUAUUUGAUAUGCUCUCGCGCCCCACACACCCCGCUUGCAUUGAUUCAGGUGAUUGGUCGAGAUCAUCUGGGUAGUGUGGUUUAUAUAGUGUCCUUUCCAACCAUAUAUGAGAUCAUACAAUCACCCAGACCCUGACGCUUUACUCUGAGUACCGCCAACAUGUCAGAAGUGCUGGUGUGCACAAAAAAGUGCAGGUGCUCUAACCAGUGCGUACCAGCCCACUUCAAGCACUGCUCAUAUCGUACAAUUCCUUGUGCUCCAAAGCUAUCACGAUCUAUCUACCGGCUAUCUUCUCCAUUUUUUAUUGUUGUUUUUGUCGCUGCUUACUUGUCAUUGGUCAGCAGUCAAAAAGGCACUUGACGUAGGCAAAAAUGUAACUUUUUUCAACUUGAAAAGACUCUCUGAGCUGCAGAAAAAAAUACCAGCGGUGACAUUUUAAAAAGCGCUCAAUACUUUUUUGAAAACACGGCUUACUCCCGUGUAAAAUGUAAAACAGAUGCUGGCGGCUUCAAAAAAGACUCCAAGUGUGAACAUAGCCUAAAAGGGCUUUAAUAAAUCUUCCACUGACACACAGUGUUGUGGCCAUUUAGUCUCUUAUGUGUUUAUAUUUUUUAAAGUGGAAUAAUCCUAUAACGGUGUGUAAGCGGGAUGAUGGGGUUGGUUUGCUUUGAUUUUACUGCUGUUUAUUUGUAUUGUGAAAGGCUGCAAAAGAGCCUUGUCUCAUAUUUACUUUACUUUUCAGAUUUUUGUUGACUCUUGUUGACAUGUUUCAUGUGGGAUUUUCCUAAACUUCUUAAUUGCAUUUAUAGGAAUAAGUAGUGUGAAUCAGUUCGAUUUCAGUUUUAUUUCGUGUAUAGUUUAUUUUUGUAUUGUUUCAGAAUAAAACAUUCAAGCAAAAGUCUUCUGUUGGUGGACAAAUGGGUUUCACUGAAGUUCCUGAUUCAGUAGUUUAACAUUCAGGCUUCUGUUUUAAACUGUGACAGAGUGAAGCUGAACUGCGGUGGUUAGUUUCCUAACUAUAACUCAUUUACCACUCAGCGCUGGUCAUCUAUUGUCCAACCACUUCUCUCUUCAUUAUGAUUCAUUGUUAUGAAAAGUGGUCCUGUUCCUCUUGAUGAUGUCAAUCUGUGAGAUUUGCACCUGUCCAUUUUCAGCUAAGAUGUAAUUAUAUAUAAUUAUUCUUAAACACAAAAGUUUAAUCAUGUCAAGGAAAACGUAUUCACUUGUAUAUGACAGAAUUUUAUUGUUCAACUUAGAGAAGAUCAUGCUGUUUUUUAAUGAUUCAAUUGUUAUGGUUUUGAUUGAUUUCUACAUACUUUAUAUUCUGAUAUUGUUUCUCAUGUAAUUUUUUGUACUAUGUUAUUUGCUAAUCAUUAAAUACAUGUUUUUACUCCA